AUGGAUCAUUCGAAACGUCAUAGAAAGUUAAACUUAAACGCACCAAUCAUGUCUACAAGGCGUUUUGGUUCUGUCGUUGCAGACACAUCAAGUUCAUUAGGUACAUUUCAGAACACGAGUGAAAGAGUUCCGUUUUCGUGGGAGAAAGAACCAGGAAAACCGAAAGAUACGGAGAGGAAUGGCUCAAAAAUAGCACCCUGCCAUCGUUUGUUUCCGCGAAAAGAAGCAGCAGAAGCGGAAGAUCAAUCUGAUAUACUAGAUAAUGCUUGUGAUGAGAUGGAUGACAAAGAUGAUCUUUUCUCAGAUGCUAUGGAUGAUGUGUUUUCUUUAUCAGAAGCAUUGGAUAUUGUUCAAAGAAAAUCAGAGAAAGCUCAUAGUGAUAUCAACAGUGGAUUGAAACUAAAGCUUGCAGAGUGUAACGGCUACCAAUCUCCUACUUACCUGAUCAACCGUUUUCUUCCCGACGCAACCGCUUUGGCUGCAUCGUCGUCUGCUCUACAAUUUCAUAGUGAUUUCGCGGAGAAAGUUUGUGAUUCUUGUAGUUAUCCAGAGUGCUAUUUAUCUGAAUCAGGUAGACAUUCACAUUCAUAUGCUUAUGCUUCUGGUUCUUCUUCUUCAUCUCCAAAGGGCUGUGGUCUUGAAGUUCUCUUCCCUUGGAGAACUGUGAAGCACAAGUUUUGUGCUGUAGAGAGCCCUGUUCUGCCAUGCUCCACGGCUACGAAUCUGCCGAAAACUCAGCGUGACUCGAGACAGAAGAAACAUCGGUCGUCAGCGUACAUUCCUUGCACAAAUGUGAAGAAAGAUGUUUGA